CAUUAAUUAAAUAACAUCUUAUAUUAUCACUUUACUUAUUAACUAUUGUGUGUAUUUAAAACUAUUAAUACUGUUCUAUGUUUAUUUAGAGGAUAAAUCAAUAAAAAUAAUGGAGUAUGAAAAUUUGUUAACAAAAGGCGCUUUGAGGGCAAUUAUGAACAAUGAAGAAGUUAACGAACCAGUUUUUCAAAUUCUUGGUCUUCGUAAAAUUACUGCUGUUGGAGCAAAUGUAAAAUACCGUCUAACUAUUUCAGAUGGUCAACAUUUAACCUCUUUUACCAUGUUAGCAAGUCAGUUACACAGUAUGAUUUUAUCCAGGGAACUGAAUGAAUUUGCUAUCGUAAAGAUAAAACAUCAUAUUAUCAGUAAAUUAACUGACCAUAGUAAAGAAAAAAAUCAAUUCAUAAUUCUUAAAGAUUUAGUUGUCAUGGUACCCGGUAAUGUUGUUUCAUCAAAAAUUGGUGAUCCUAAACCAAUUAUUGAUAAUUCAGGCCAUACAGUUGCAAAUAAAAUAUAUGCUUCAGUAAAUGUUACUCCUACAAUGCAAAUUGAAAAUUUGUUAACAAAAGGCGCUUUGAGGGCAAUUAUGAACAAUGAAGAAGUCAAUAAACCAGUGUUCCAAGUUCUUGGUAUUCGUAAAAUUACUGAUGCGGGAGUAAAUAGUAAACACCGUCUACUUAUUUCAGAUGGCCAAAAUUUAAACUCUUUUGCCAUGUUAGUAACUCAGUUAAACAGUAUGAUUUUAUCUGGGGAACUAACUGAAUUUUCUAUUGUAAAGAUAAAAGAUCAUAUAAUCAGUAAUUUAACUUACCAUAGUGAAGGUAAUAAACAAGUCAUAAUUCUUAUAGAUUUAGUUGUCAUUGUACCCGGUAAUGUUGUUUUAUCUAAAAUUGGUGAUCCUAAACCAAUUGUUAAUAAUUCGGGCUAUAUGGUUACUAAUAGAAUGUCUACUUCAGUAGAUGUACCGCCUACAACAGGAAAUGAUAAUUUGCUAACAGAGCGCUCUAUCUAAAAAAAUCAAUAAAACUAUAAUACAAAAUAGUUGCAUAGCGUACAAAAUCGAACAAGACUUUUUCCUAGCAUCAUUUAAAUUUUAAAUGGAUAGGUAUUUAUUAGGUUAU